UUUCCUUCUCCCUCUUCUGUCUCUCUCUGUUCCCUAACAUUAAAGAGAAAAUGCUGCUAUCAGUGACUUCCAGGCCUGGGAUUUCGACUUUUGGCUAUAACAAGAACAACAAGAAGCCAUAUGUGUCAUUGGCUCAGCAGAUGGCACCACCUAGUCCAAGCAACAGUACCCCUAACAGCAGCAGUGGGAGCAAUGGGAAUGAGCAACUGAGCAAAACUAACCUAUACAUCCGGGGACUGCAGCCAGGCACUACUGACCAGGACCUUGUCAAGCUGUGUCAGCCAUAUGGCAAGAUUGUCUCCACCAAGGCCAUACUGGACAAGACCACAAACAAAUGCAAAGGCUACGGCUUUGUGGAUUUUGACAGUCCUUCAGCAGCACAGAAGGCUGUAACAGCCCUGAAAGCCAGCGGUGUACAGGCACAGAUGGCAAAGCAACAGGAGCAGGAUCCCACAAAUUUAUACAUUUCGAACCUCCCAUUGUCAAUGGAUGAGCAAGAACUGGAGGGGAUGCUGAAGCCCUUUGGCCAGGUUAUCUCCACCCGAAUCCUUCGAGACUCUAGUGGGACCAGCAGAGGGGUUGGCUUUGCAAGGAUGGAGUCCACAGAGAAGUGUGAAGCUAUCAUCACCCACUUUAAUGGAAAAUAUAUUAAGACACCCCCUGGAGUACCAGCCCCAUCUGAUCCCUUGCUUUGCAAAUUUGCUGAUGGUGGGCCAAAGAAACGACAGAACCAAGGAAAAUUUGUGCAAAAUGGACGGGCCUGGCCAAGGAAUGGAGACAUGGGUGGUAUGGCCUUGACCUAUGACCCCACCACAGCUCUUCAAAAUGGGUUUUACCCAACCCCUUAUAACAUCACUCCCAAUAGGAUGCUUGCUCAGUCUACGCUCACCCCAUAUCUUCCAUCUCCUGUGUCUUCCUAUCAGAGAGUGACUCAGACAUCUCCUCUACAAGUACCUAACCCAUCCUGGAUACACCACCAGUCAUACCUCAUGCAGCCUUCAGGUUCAGUUCUGACACCAGGGAUAGAUCACCCCAUUUCUCUCCAGCCUGCUUCCAUGAUGGGACCUCUUACUCAGCAACUGGGCCACCUCUCUCUCAGCAGCACAGGCACGUAUAUGCCUACAGCUGCUGCUAUGCAAGGCGCUUACAUCUCCCAGUACCCCCCUGUGCCUUCUUCCAAUGUUUCAGUCGAGGAGAGCAGCAGCCAGCAGAAUCAAGUGGCAGUGGAGACACCCUCAGACCAUGGGGUUUAUUCUUUCCAGUUCAGCAAGUAACAGUGGGCCUGGGCCUGGGAGAAGAAACCUCUACGCUCCUACCCUGUGCUGUUUCCCCAUUGCUGAUGGAGCCUAGGGAACCAUCACUUUUUGUAUAUGCUACAUUCAAGGAGAUCAAAAACUUUUUUUCUUUUGCAAAGAAAGUUUUUUGCUUUGUUUUUAAUUGCAAUGUACUUUUUUCCUACCCCAAAGAGACAUGGUGGCUGGAGCUUCUUUAGAUGAAAAACUGUUUUUGAUAUGUUGGAAUUACUUGGGAAAGCUUUUUAAAUGAUUUAUUAUUUCUUUAAAAACACAACAGAAAGAUGUGGUGCUAGAACGCUGAGAGCUCUACUUGCUGAGUUUGGUUAUGGACUUUUAUAUAUAUAUAUAUAUAUGCAUGUGUUUUAAGAAAAUAUGCAGACUUUAAAAUUUUUGUUUUGUAAAGUUCUCUGCUCAUAUACCGUCUUCACACAUUUUUUGCCUUCUUUCUCUCAGAUUGUUCAUUUUCUUUUUUCCAUAUAGCUGAGCCUGCCUACUUUGCCUUUUUAUAGUUUUUUAUGUUUGUGAAUUUCCUUUUUGAAAGAAAUUUCAUGUGGAAUUGGGGAGGGAAAGGCCUGCUGGGCAAGGAACAAGGUAAAACACUAAGCAGGCAGUGAAAGGGGCUUUUUCCUCUGCUCUGUCACAUUCUGGGGAAAAGACUAGACUUUGCCUACAGGAAGCAGAGAUGUGACCUAGGCUUAUUCAAGAAAUGACCUCACAGCCUUUGGAAGUAAGUCACCCUUGAAGCAAAUUUGGUAGAAGACUUAGGUCUUUCCUGGAAAGUUCCAGAAGACUGGACUGACUUCUGAUUAGCUCUUCUCACUGCCAAGAGCAGCACCCUCUGAGGAAGUAUCUUUUCCAGUUCCAGCUUUUUGGGAAUGCCUGCUCUCCUGUCAUCUGAAGGAUCUUCUUUUUUGCCCCAGGUCUCUUCUCUGCUGCGUAUCGCUGUGUUAAGUGCUCAGAGUCUUUGUAGCUGUGACCUUGCUGGAUCCACUUAAGGCACCUUCCCCACUGUAGAAGAUCUGCUGCUUCAUGGUUCUUGGCUGGAGGUGGUUUUGUCCCCAGAAGGUUGUUGCCAUUAUCUGACAUCUUUGCCAUGCCUAGGAAUGGGAGUGUGUGCGCUACUGGCAUCUCAUUGCUACAGACCAUAGAUGCUGCUGAACAUCCUGUGGUGCACAAGGUCACCCCACUACCUCCAGCAAAAAAUUAACUGGCUCAAAAAUGUCAAUAGUGCCAAGGUUGAGAAGCCUUGAUAUAAAGUGUUUCCCUGUCUUCUGGAGUGGGGUUCUCACCCCAACCCUGGACACAGUGCCUUUUUGACAUUCAUUGAACUGGCUGGGAGGGAUGGAAAUAGGACCUUAAAUUCUUCCUAGGCUUUGACUUUUGACACCUCUGUAUGCAGCAAGAGCUAUUCUUGCAAGGCUCAUGGUGGUUGUGCACAUGCCAAAUGGACAUGUAACGUGGAGGGCUCACGUUGGGAACUGACUCUUGUGUGUGCUAUGCAUAGGUGAAAAGGGUCAGAGCUCUUUCAGCUGUGCAGAGUGACCUGCCCUCCCUGGUGUGUUUGGACUCCUUCUCCAGGGAACCAGGACAUCAGAAAUCAUUUUCCUUCUUGUGGAAGGACAACAGAGAGCUAGGGUAGAAAAGGGCAAUACAUCCUAUCUCAUUAUUUACAAGGUUAGGAAAGACGUUUUAAAAAGCCUCUGUGUUUUAACUAUUCUUUUCUGCAAAACAUGGCAGCACAUGGAGACAGGUAGGAGAAAGCCUUUGCCCAUCUUCUAAGAAGUAAGAUCCUGCCCGUCUUCUUCCAGUCACUUCCUCAUACACUGAAAGAAUUCUCCCCUUCACUUCAAGUCCAAGUACUGGCUCAGAGGCUGCAUGUAGAGGUUGGGUCCAGCUUUCCUUCCCUUCCCUCCCUGACUCCAGACUGUCCCUUUGUCCAUCCUGGGGACAAGGAAGUCUGGGGCAAUGGACAAGAUAAAAAAUGUAAAGAACAAAUUUACCUCUGCUUUCUUCUCAUUGCUACUUCCAACUGCAGGAAAAGCUUUAUCCAGUGUAAAAGCCCCAAGAGCCUUCUAGAAGGGUUUAACUGGGCAGAUAGUGCUUUUUGAGUGUCUAGCCCUCAGUAAACAGGAGUAUACUACAGCUGCUUGCACCAAAGCUGCUUUCUUGUCCAGUGGCCUCAGAGAAAACAAACCCAGAAUUCUGCUCAUUUGACUGACAAUAACUUGGAGAAGCUUUGCCUAAUAGGUUUGUGAGGGUGGGGUUCCUGUAGAGAAACUUGUCACUGCUGUCCCUUUUCUGCCUCCCAGAACUUGAUUCAGUCUCCUUUCUCUGUACCUAAAAUAUGUUCAAAUGGCUUGUUUUAACUUUGAAAUUAUCUUUUGAGGUUUUCCUUGUGUGGAUCUAAUUGUUAGAUUAUUUUAAUGAGUGCUUCUGAUUGGGGCAGGUGUGGCAGGUAAGUGAUGGGGGAGCCUGCACAGUUAUUUUUAUAGUGGUUAAUCAUACAAAGGAAAUUUUUUUGCCUCUUUUGGUCUACACUUCUAUUUUUCCCUUGUUAGCUCAUUUCUGAUGGUGGGUAAUGACUGGAGAAAGGCAGGGCUGGGCUCUCAACACUAUGCCUAGUGUUUUCUGAAUCCUGUCUUCAUGGAAGCCAGAUCUCUUUCUAUACUUUACAUCUUACCCCUACUCAUUGCAGAUGCUUGUAACAUUCUUAAAAUAUUUCAGUACUUAGUGCUUUUAUGUUUUCAGUUAAACAGAACACCCCAGAGUCCACGCCUCAGAUGGUGUAAUCCGUUACUGGCUCUGAGCUUCCCAUCUCAUGUCAGUAUUAUUACUGCUCCUCUCAGGAGUGGAGGCAAUGCUCAGACCCUAGAUGAUUGGACUUUUGAGGAGGACGCAAGUACUGCUAAGAAUGACACUGGGGAAGGCUGCUACAUUAGUGUUUGCAACUGAAGAAUCUGAAGAGCUUCAGUCUGGGAAGCCUGAUGGCUCCAAAGAGGUAGCAGCCCUUGUCCGUGAUAGAUAGGAGUGGGAGGAGGACAUUAUUUGCACUGAGGGUAAAGCACAACCUUGCUGCUCUACACGGGCCAUCCCUGGUUGAGCCACUGCAGCCCCAUUCCAUUCCUCUUCCUAACUUGCUAACCAGUGAGUUUAUUCAUCCUCAGCACCUCCACUGUCCACAGGGCUCCCUAUUCCAGUGUCAGCCCAUUGGGGCCAGAGGCUCUGUGAGAGCCCUUGCUGGACUAUUGAAGGAAUGCCUGGCAGUAGUUGGUAGUCUUGCAGAAAAGGGGCCACUGCAAGCCAGAUCUAGUGGCACAUGCCUUUGUAAUUCCAGGACGCUGGAGGCUGAGGCAGGAAAUAUAGAGUUCAAGGCCAGCCUGGCCUAUAAAGACCUUGUCUCAAAAAAGAACCACUGGUGCUCUUAGGCAAAUGCCUCACCUUCUGGUAAAGUAUAAGCAUUACACUCUUGAGGGCCUGCCUACUUUGCCUUCUUAGCCAAGAGUAAUAUACUUGGGUGGGUGGGCAGGUCCAGACUUGUCCCCAGCCCCUUUUUUUUUUGGACUAGGGAUUGAACUCAGGGCCUUGUUUUUGUUAGGCAGGUGCUCUGCCACUUGAGUUACUCCACCAGCUUGCCUCCAGCCUCCUGGAUCAAGUAGGCUUCAGAGAAGACGGUGGGUAUCAUAUAAAAGCCAAGCUGUAGGGGUAGGUCCUAAGUCUUGUGACUUGUUACACUGAUUCUUCCUCAUUCCCUCUUAAACCAACCACUCCAUUUCUGUGCAUCCUGACUUUUAGAUCCUUCCAAGCAUUAGCACUAUUAAAAGUUUAUUCAGUUUUCACCUUCCUUCCAUAAAUUUUCCCUCAGCAGCUAAAACCAGCCUGCAGGGCUAGAGGUGUAGCCCAACUGGUAGAGCACCUGGUUGGGAAUACAAAGCCCUGAAUUCGAACCCCAGUACUGCCAAAAAGAAAAGAAAAACCAGCCUGUAGUUCUCUUAUCUCUGUUGAACCCCAUGUGACUAUUAAAACACUAGGCGCUCUCAUCACCUCAGUGACAUUGCUUUCUUCCUGGCCUGUCCACUUCUAUUUUGAAGCCUUCACUGUCCUGGCAGAUCCCUUAACUUCCUUGUCCUUGUUACUCAUCUACCUCACAGUCUCACAAUUCAACAAGGGCACAAGCACCUAAUUUACAAUUUUUUUUUUUUGUCUUGUCUUCAUGAAGGUUAAGAAAGGGCUCAUGAACAAAUGAUGCAAAAACUCUUUGGGAGUUUCUACUUCUGGAAUGUCUUUUCUGAGGAGUUUGGCUUACUGAUCACCCUAGAAUAGUAUGAAUUCUCCUGAUAGGUCCUAGCGUGACAGGCCAGGUGGUAUUGUGUGACCAUCUCUGAUAAUAAAGUGGCUGGAGUUACCCCAGGAACAUUGGAAUAGAUCUUAGAAUUUAAGAGGCUGCCAUAUAGCUGAGAAGGUAACCAAGCACCAAAGAGGGAAGUUAGUGAUUUUAGUAAGGCUGAAAGAUGUUCCUUCUCCACCUCAACUCUUCAGAAGACAAUUCUCCCAGCCUAAGGGGUAGUAACACUUUUUCAGUCUGACUAAACACAUUUAGUACCCCAUCACUGAUGUCCUGACUCCAACACAUACCCUUUCUGGGUAGGUGAAUACUCUGUUGUGUGCACUAAUCACCUUGGGGAGGAAAUUAAUUUAUACUUAAAAUACACUUUGUACAUUUUUUCUUUAUCCAGAGAUGUCUAGUUUUAUACUGUGUCUUAUACUCUGUUUUAGGACAAUCCCAUCCUUCUAGCUUAUUUUUCCUUUUCUAAUCCCUGGAUUUCUAUUGUUCCUUAUGUAGAGUUUCAUUUUGGCUUACUUCAAUUUAAAAAAAUAAACAAAACACAAAAGCCUGUGUGUUGGUGUCUUAUCUGUAAGUGGCAGGGGGGAGCUGGUGAUAGGCUAUAUGUGCUACACAGGAACACAGGUGGCAGCUUAGGAAGCUAAGUCCCUUCUCACAAGGAGGAAGGAAAUAGGUACACUGAAUCUCACUCUGCCCCAGCACCUUAGGCUUUCAGACAGGAACCCUGAACUGGUUCCAUCCAUAGAAGCAGAGGCCAUGAAACAGGAAUCAUGCAGACUUCUGUACACUUUUUUAGAAGUUUAGAGAUAAACCUAUCUCAUACUGAGCCAGUCAUAUGUGCUAACACCCGUCUACCCUUUAGGUAUGUGUGAGAAACUAUGCUAAAG